AUGCAUGCACGAAGCGUAAGCUUUGAUAAGAAGGCCAAUUGGACAGGAGAAUGGAACCCCAUCUUUCUUCUCCCGCGUGUUCUUGAGGCCGUCGUCGCGCGGGGAGGAUUCCGGCUCGAUGCGGCGUCCAAUGGCGAUCGAGAGCCGCGGCAUCGCGAUCGCGAAGACGAGGGUGAGGACGAUGAUCGCGAAGGAGGCAAAGAUCACGAUGAGGAUGAUCGCGAAGGAGGCAAACAUCGCGAUGAGGACGACGAUGAAGGGCACAGCUCGAAGCACAAGGGCAGGAACCCAUUUGUUCUUGAGAAGCCUGUGGAGAUAGUGAGCACCGAGGCGGGGAAGAUCCACGUUCUUCCCGGCAGGAAGGACAAGGCUGGCGUUUUGGGAUCGAACAACAUUGGUGUUAACUUCAUCACAAUGGAGCCCAAGGCGCUCCUCCUGCCGCAGUACAUCGAUGCUCCUUGCGUCCUCUACGUUCUCAAAGGAAAGAUGAGACUUGGAUGGGUGGAAGAUGGAUUGAACCAGCAAGACCUUGAAGCUGGAGAUAUCUAUGUGAUUCCUGGAGGCCUCGUCUUUUACAUCCUUAACACGGAUGAGGCACAGAGGCUGCGAGUUUUUGGCAUGUUCGACACCUCAGAAAGUCUCGAGACUGGAGUCUUCCAAUCCGCGUUUGUUGGUGGUGGAACAAAUCCACUGACCAUUCUCUCAGGUUUCGACUCGGACGUUCUAGCUGCGUCCUUCAAGGUGUCGUCCGAGGAAGUGAUUGAAGUGCUGAGCAACCAGGACCAAGGUCCGAUCGUCUACACAUCGCAGGCACGGUUCCAGGAGCUUGUUUCCAGGAAAUCAAAGAGCUCAAGAGCCUCCUGGUCCUGGUCCUGGCUGAACUACAUUUCCAGCUUUUCGUCAGAGCUCUUUGACAAUGGUGGCGGCAAGUCCAGUUCGCCUGCCAAGCCUUUCAACCUCUUUAAGAAAAAGCCCGACUUCGAGAACGACAACGGCCGGACAAUUGCUGUGGAUGGACGCCAGUACGCUCCGUUGCGAAACGCUAGCGUUGGAGUUUUUGCAGUCUCGCUGAAACCCGCCGCUAUUCUUGCUCCACACUGGAAUCCACGAGCAGCCGAAAUCGCUCUAGUGACCAAAGGCCAAGGCGUCUUCCAGAUCUCUUUUCCAAACGGUACCAGCGCGCUCAACAAGUCCGUCAAGGAGGGCACCAUCGUCUUUGUUCCUCGCUACUUCCCGAUGAGCCAGAUUGCUUCUCGCGAGGGUGCUCUCGAGUUUGUGGGAUUCAGCACGUCGGCGGCACCCAAUAAUCCCCAGUUCCUGUGUGGUGCGAGCUCGGUCUUGAAAGCUUUAGACGAGGAGACACUCUCGACGGCAUUUGCGGCGCCACCGGAAAAACUGAAGGAUUUUCUCGGCUGGCAAAAGGAUGCUGUCAUUCUUGCUGGAUUUGUGGAGGAAGACUAUAACGCCAGAUUUUUCUAGUCUUGUAAAAAAGUAUCCUGU